AUGUCGUCAUCGUCAUCAUCCUGGGUCGGACCCGUCGGAGCUUUUCUCAAUGGGUGGAGAUCGAGAGUCGCCGCUGAUCCCCAGUUCCCGUUCAAGGUUCUAAUGGAGGAAUUGGUCGGCGUGAGCGCUUGCGUCCUUGGCGACAUGGCGUCUCGCCCUAAUUUCGGCCUUAACGAGCUUGACUUCGUCUUCUCCACUCUCGUCGUUGGCUGCAUUGUCAAUUUCGUCCUAAUGUAUUUACUUGCCCCAACACUUUCCGCUUCAACCCCCACCCUCCCUUCAAUCUUCGUCAAUUGCCCCACAAGCCACAUGUUUGAAUCUGGAUCGUACACUCUGUUCCAUCGGUUUGGAACUUUUGUGUACAAGGGUGUUCUGUUCGCCGCCGUGGGCUUUGCGGCGGGGCUGGUGGGGACGGCGAUCUCGAACAGUUUAAUAAAGAUGAGGAAGAAGAUGGACCCUAGCUUCGAGACGCCAAACAAGCCGCCGCCAACACUCUUGAAUGCGGCUACGUGGGCGAUUCACAUGGGCGUGAGCAGUAAUUUCCGAUACCAGACUCUAAACGGGAUAGAGUUUAUGCUGGAGAGGGUUUUGCCACCGGUGGUGUUCAAGAGCUCGGUGGUGGUGCUGAGGUGUCUGAAUAACGUGCUUGGAGGAAUGACUUUCGUGAUGCUAGCAAGACUGACGGGGUCGCAGAGCGUGGGGGAGGCGAAGCAGGUGAUAUCGGUGGCUGAUGUCGGCGAAGAUAAGAAGGUUGGCUAA